ACGCACAGUUGUGAAGCAUGUUCAGCGUAAUAGUAUGCCUAGUCUAGCACAGUACCUGCAGCACAGUACGUUGUUGAUAGGCUGCAAUCUGACGUCCUUCCCGCAUCGUGAUGCACAAAGUCAGCACACUAUCGACCGGUACAAGCAUGAACCAGCAUCAAAGUGACCUAGUGACAUCAGUGACCGUAGCGAAAGGAACCGCCACAGCGAUCGGGACCAAACCUCACGUUGGCAGCGCGAAUCCGAACGGUUCGUCCACGCUCAACAACAACAAUCUGAACAGCAAAAAUAAAAACCCUUCCUCCCAAGCGAACGCCACCGAUAGUGUAAUUCAUAUGACCAACGUCAGCGUGCCACCGAAGCUGCUAGUCCCGAACGGGAAAAGUCAGGCUCCGGCAGUACCAUCGGCACCGGAUGCACGGGCGAAACAGGUGUUGAAAGAGGCUGUUGAUGCGGUUGUAAAUAGUUUUGCGAAACACACGCAAGGAUAUGGAAGAGUUAACGUCGUGGAGGCACUGCAAGAGUUUUGGCAGAUGAAGGCAGCGCGUGGAGCUGAUCUUAAAAAUGGUGCUCUAGUGAUAUACGAAUCGAUACCGUCAACCAGCCAACCGUACGUGUGCUACGUAACCCUGCCCGGUGGAAGCUGUUUCGGAAGCUUUCAGAAUUGCCCCACGAAAGCAGAGGCACGGCGAAGCUCCGCAAAGAUAGCUUUAAUGAACUCGGUAUUCAACGAACACCCGUCGCGGCGUAUUAGCGAUGAUUUUAUCGAAAAAGCUGUCACCGAGGCGCGCGCAUCCUUCAAAGGCGAUCAAAACCAAGAGGACGAUGGUCCGGAUACUGGCAUCGGUGCGUUCAGAUUUAUGCUGGAAACCAACAAAGGUCGCACCAUGCUAGAGUUCCAGGAGCUGAUGACCGUUUUCCAACUGCUGCACUGGAACGGUUCGCUGAAAGCGAUGCGCGAACGGCAAUGCUCCCGACAGGAGGUGGUCGCCCACUACUCCAACCGAUCUCUGGACGACGAGAUGCGGCAGCAGAUGGCGCUCGACUGGAUUGAGCGGGAGCACGAAAAUCCGGGCCUGCUCAGCCGGGAGCUUGCUAUAGCCGAGAGAGAACUAGAGACUGCCCGUUUGGCGGGGCGGGAACUGCGGUUCCCAAAGGAGAAGAAAGACAUCCUGCAAAUGGCGCACAACCAGCUUACCGGAGGCAGCAACAUCAACAGUUGAAGCAACGUCCAACAGCACACCGCCAUCUG